AAACAUUCGGUUACACGCAUACAAUAACGACAUUGUCUGAAGUCAAGAGUCGACGAGGUAACAAGUACCACCCGAAGCCAAGAGCCGGCGAGGUAACAAGUACCACCCGGAGCCAAAAGAUAAACAUAACACACUCUUAAAGUUAAUAUAUAACCAUGAAAAAGGAGACAAAAGUCAGAAGAGUGAUAACCAAGCUUCAGCAAGGAAUGCUCAACCAUGCACUCGAAGAUGAACUUACCUAGCGAGACCUCAUCAACCACUAACACCAGUAGAAAGGAGUAACAAGAAGGACUGGAAGCACACGAACAUCACCAAUACAUAUAACUGAACUAAAAGAGGUUAGAAUCUUUAACCGUCGCUGUAAACACCCUUCAAUCCCAACUAAGUCUCGCCAUUGGACCUUGAAAGAGUUCUCCACGCGCCUCAUACGCACCAUCAUACCAUCACCCUAAGGCAAAGCCUAAGAAAGCUUCCCGACUACGUCUUAUUCAACAGCCGGUAACUAGAUAAAAACCACUCCAAAUCCAACAUUAACACGAGCAAAUCAGCGGCAAUCGACCAUCACUGAAGCAAAAACUCCAGAAAAAACCUCUAUCUCCUUUCGAUCCUCUCAAACACUAGAAAUGGUCUCGCAAAGUGAAACAACUCUUUGACCCCUAAAAUUAGACCUCUAGACACACAGUACUUACUAACACAAUGGCGACAAGCCAAAAUCGGCAAACAAUACAACUCAAGCUAAUGGGCCCUAAUGAUAAGCGUGACGUUCUUGGCCAAACAUCAAAAUCCGCCGAAGGCGCACACCGAGAAGGACUCACUACCACCGGCUUUCACUACUCCGUUCCUCAGCCACAAAACGAACACGAAGUCCGACUGAAAGUGCGGGUUCGGUAAUGGACACGAGCUGGUUUAACAGAUUCAGAAGUGUGGAUCUCGAACCGCCGGGAUGAGACCGAAGUCACUUUCCGGACGCUGGGACGUCGCCCUUGAUGCAUGUUGUCACCGAGAGCCAGUAGACAAACCUCUGUACACAAAUCGUCGGUCCUCUCCUCUGUUUUGCUCACCGCUCCGCGGGACCAGAGAACUAAGGUGGGAGGCGUCUUGCUAAGACCGAGACGGAUUCGCCGUAGAUCUGAAAUUGGGAAACUAGGUCUGGCAAACCCAAACCCUAAAAGCCGACUCCCUCCCCUUCUACCGUUCGACCAGCCUCGCUGCUACUCCAAGGAUAGCCUGAGCCUUACGUCGUCGCCCACCCAAAGUGGAUCUCCGACUUGACCCGACAAAACCAGAGUCGCAAGCAUAUCGGCAAGGGAAGAUGCUUCGAGGGAGAGAGCAAAAAGAAAAAGAGAGGAGAUUGUUUCUUGAGCGAUCCUUCGGUCUGAGCCAGAGCUUGGGGAUGCGAAAUCACGCGCGUAAUGCAGUCUGCACGGACUCCGGGGAAAGCAAGGAGUCAGUCGUGGACAGGGAUCUGAACCUGACCGACGAUGUGGAGAAGGUGACGGAGGAGGAGAUCGUAGUUUCUGUGAAUCGAACCUCCGAGAGAAUUCUCCACCGGGAGGACGGCACGAUCCGCGAUCCAGAGCUCCACCGCCUGAAACGCGACGUCGAAUUGAUCACACGGGAUAGCUUCAGAGUUCGGGUAAGAUUUUCCGGCGGCAGCUUCGGAGUACGAGCCGGGAACUCCUUGGUACGCGACAUGGAGGGUGGAUCCAUGAGACGGCGCCGGCGAGAGAUCUGUGUUUGUUAACGGAUGAACCAAUCCAGGCUUUACUUUCCGUUCUUCGUCUCUGACGGAACGAGGCUGAGAUUGACAGAGCCGUUACUUGCUUUAAUCAUGCAAAGCGAUUUCAGAGCUUCUUACUCAGUUUUCGCCGCUGGAACUAGAUUGGAUGUGCUGUUCUCCAUGUACCUCAGAUUUAUAAGCAAAUCUACAACCUGUUCUGAUAUUUCUGUUGAAUUGCAGGUUAUGGCUUUGAAAGAAAGAGGACAGAUUAAUCUAUGAGGAAGCAAAAGCCACAACCAAGUUCUUUAUUUCUUGAUCAAAAACAUCUUAUAUCCUAUGUGAUAACCUGAAGAACAUAUAAUUUUUUUUGCAUGAUUUGGCAUGUGGACUAAUUAACAUAUUUUAAUGAUUCGACAAUUAGUGAUGCAGUAAGUAAUUCU